AUGGAAAGUCGGUAUUUAUCACCAGUAAGUACAGGACAUAAACGAUGGGAGGGCUUUUUGGAGGAGCGUUUUAAGAUUCUACUUCAUCAAACCGAAAUCCAAGACAGUGCCUACAAUUUUAAAAGGUUAAGGUGCAGCUUUGGGUGCUUGCUAUACUGGUUUGUCGAUUCUUUCCCUGAAGAAGGUUGCACACAAUGCCACUGCCCAAAAGAAAAGUAGCUUGGAAUUAUCAACAGCCUACUGCAUUUUCUAGUUGGCCUUGGACGGCACAAUGGAUCUGUUUCCUUGCAGAGUCAAGCAGCAAGCUGUAACAGACUCUGAGGAAACCUUCCAUCGGAUGGAUGUAUGUCGAUUCUAACUGUUUUGUACUAGAGUGAUUGUUUAACGUGAUAGGGAAAGUGAAAUGAUGAUAACCUUCUUUUUUUUUUUUUUCGCUUAAUUUGUGCCAACUGCUAGCUUGGGAAACUGUACUCAGAUUUUUAGUUUUAAGAUGGUUUGGCACAACCUUUUUCUUGUUGGAAUAACAAGUAGCUUACGCAAUUAUAUUCAUUUUGCCCAAAUGAACUACAAUUUUUGUG